AGGAGGCGACUCUACUGGUUGUAAAAAGAAGUCCACACCAGGUUUUAAACCAAAUUGUAUAUUUAAUGUAUGGCUGCGGUGAGUUUAUGUUUAUUAUUAUUAUACAUUUAUGUGAUUAGCCUAAUAGCAGAAUAGAUGUUUUUUCUUUGCAAAGAAGAAAGAAAGAGAAGAAGCAAAACAAAGAAGAAGAUUUUUUGUUUGUUUUGUUUAAGUGAUAAUAAUUUCUCUACAAAAUACUUUAUGUGCUUGCAAAAAAUCAUAUUCUUUCCCAUCCCGUGAUCAGGACUGAAGCACAUGUAUGUAAUGCUAAACCUCCAUCACAUGUGCAGCCUUUACCACUACUUUGAUGGCAUUUUGCCACUAACGGGUCACGUGAACAGAGAGUUGAAACUGUCAGUAAAUCAAUUAGACCUGCUGAAGAACAAAAAGCAUUACAUUACCACUGUGGGCACGUGCAAUGCCGAGGUACAUCAACUUUCCCCACAUCACAAGACUGCAGUGGUGUUUGAGGUGGUGAUUGAAAUUUUUGUAACAAAAAGGUGUGUGAAUGACAGAAGCUGCUACUUUCACUGGAGGAGUUUGGUUCAUUUAUUCUGUUAAAUGUUACAGAAAUUAUGUUUGAAAGGGCCUUAAGAUGCAUACAGAGCCAGACGUGAGUGCCAUACGGGGGUGAGAGGAGUACAGAGGGGACCUGGGCUGAAGAUUGUAGGAGUUGCCUUUGAUGCUGCUUAAAAACGAGGCCAAUUCCUUUAACCAUGAUCUUUGAUAGAGGUCUUGACGAGGAUUAUCGGGGACAUCGCAGAGUAAUGAAAAGAAAUGUCUAUCAAGAAGACAGCACUAUUCAUGUCCCUGUUUUAUUUUCUUCCUUUUCCACCAUGUUGAAUAAAUGUUUUAUCAUUUUCUAAUAGCAAUAUUUAAGUGUAAAAAGUGUACAUAAAAAAAGCUAUGUUUCAAAUAUUUCUCUGGGCAUAUGGAUGUGUCUGUGAUUGUCUCUUGGUUUAUUGAUGUCAGCACUCAUGAUGAAUUAGGUUCUUCGUAACCACACCACCACUCUUCAUCUAUUGUUUUUACAUGUGGGUUUCUUGUACCAAAAAAAAAGUGUUACUGUGGAUGAAUAACUCCAAACGGUGCCGCAUGAAAUCUGCAUUUGUCCAUUCCAGUCUUAUCAAUGCAAUACCAAUUUAUCCAUUUCAAUAAGGUCAUGAUACGUGUGUUAUUAUUGUAUAAUCGUGCUAUGAGAGGAGACUUUUUGCCUUCACUUAAACCUCCACUCUCUGUUUUGCUGUUGUUGCACCUUCAGAAACUCAUUGUCAAUAAAUUUGGCAUGUAUUCAUUGAUAUUCCCAUCCCAUGCAUCUGACAGGUGUUUGACAUUCUCCUGUGUUUGACUUGCACACAAAACACACCUUAAAUUCCAUUAAUAAAACAAAUCCAUGGCUUCAUGUCACAUGCUGAUAUGUGUUCGAACAUCACAUUUUAUAGAAUGUUUUAAUGUGUUGACUCACAGUUUGGGCCUAGAUGUAAUAUUUCAUUUAGUCUUUUUAAAAAAAAUCUGGUUCUUCGGUUAAUUAAGAAGAAAAAUCCUCAGUGUUUCUGUUAAUUAUGCUUAUGUUUUUCUUUGCCUUAUUUUUGAGCAUACACUAAGUCCUCCAGUAUGGGAGGGUUUUUUGUCAGUUUAUUUUUUCUACAACUUUUUGGCUGUAUUCCUUUCACUGCAUUGGACACAGAAUAUGCAAACAUGUCAUGUAAAUUUCCCAUCCAAAGAUUUUGAAAGUAAAUAUAUGAAAAAAUCAAUAUAAUGUAAUACCUGUUUUACUUGGUAAUAAAGAAGAGGAAAUAUGAGACGUUUAUCUCUAUCUCAUUUAUUCAAAGAUAGAAAAGAAUACUUAACAGGGUGACGAUCUGUAGCAGCAGGAAGCUCCGCCCACUGAAUGACUCCUACUGUUGCUAUGACAACACCAAGCUCUGGCAAGCUUUGUUGUGCCCCGUUCAAGAGGAUCUGAAACUGAGAAACUAAAGGAAAGGGAAGCUGUCAUGUCUGACCUGCUUAAAGACAAAUCCCAAAGAAGAGACAAGAAGGCAGGCAAGUUGCCCUUAGAGGGAAGCCAUGGAGUCAGAGGCAAAGAAACAACCGGCAGGACUAAAGACUCAAUAAGUACUGUGUCGAACCUAGAUGAUGUAGCACACCAUGAUGAUGACAACGCUCGGAUGGCCGUAACAAUGGAGAACACCUACCAGAUGGGACCAUACAAACGCUUCCCAGUUCCUGCUGUCACAGACAUACUGAAGGAUGUACUUACCAAUUACCUCCAAAAGGAGAAGUAUGAAUUAAAGUGGUCUCAAGACAUGACAAAAAGCCUAUGUGAGGAGAUAAAAGCCCGGGUGAAGAACCUCAUGAUUCCCCGAUAUAAGAUUGUUGUUCUGGUCCACAUCGGCCAGCUCACCGGACAGAGCAUGCAGAUCAGCAGCCGCUGCCUGUGGGACGCAGCCAAUGACACCUUCGCCUCCUACUCCUUCAAGAACAGCUCUCUGUAUAGCGUGGCAACAGUCUACGCUGUUUACUUUGAGUGACCCAUGCAGACAUUGAAUAGACUCUGAUAAGACUUACUGAAGCCUCACAGAUAUAAAAAGAUUGCUGCUGUGGAGGAGUUCUAUAUCUACAGUCAUGGAAAAAAAAAUAUUAGACCAACCUUGUUUUCUUCGAUGUCUUGUUCUUUUUA